GCUCCCACAACCUGGAACCUCCUCGUCCUGGCAUCAUAAGUCCCCUCCUUCCCCCAGGGCCCAGGUCAAGACGCGACAGGUGGAACGAAACUUUGCCCGCCCAUUGACUCGCUUCAGAGCCGCACCUCGUUCGUUUCGGAUCGCCUUGCCGGAGUCUUGACCCAGGCUGGCUGGGCCCUCCCUCACCUGCAAAGUCCCCCCCUCCCGAACCAGCAUCCAUCACGUUCCCAUCCCUGAGACCCUCCUCUCCUCGUGGCCCUCUUCGACACCAACGGGCUUCGACUGCUCUUGCCGCAUCGCCAUAUCUCGGCUGGGCCCCUCACACCUGCCACGACACUCGUGCCCGCCCGACGCUCUCGCCCAAUUCUCUCGCCUUGCAUCUCGUGAUCGGCCGAGCCGGACGGAACCAUGGACGCCAACAAUAACCGCCUGCAUCUCAACUUCGGGAACUCUGACCGACUUCCCCUCAAUGACAGGGCAUACCCGACGACGCCCUCGACCUUUCCACAACCCGUCUUCCCCAACCAGGCGGGACAACAGCAGCACCAGCACCAGCACCAGCACCAGCACCAGCACCAGCACCAGCAACCGCCACCACCCCAGCAGCAUCACCAACAGCAGAACCAUCCUCAAGGUGGCAUGCCGGCGCAUCAGCAGGCUUAUGCUGGCUACGCACCCCAGGGAUACUUCCCUCAGGCGCAGCCCGGCUAUGCUGCUCAGUAUCCCGCCCAGGCCGUCACCAACGACUACGCCCACGCCCAAAAUGGCGUCUACCAGGCACGAUCUAAUACCCCUGGCACCAACGACCCAAACGUUGGCCUAGCCCAUCAAUUCUCGCAUCAGAACUUGGGAGGCGGCGCUGCUAGAGGCGCUCAAUAUGCUCCCCGCGGACCCUCUCCCGCCCAGCGCCCGAGAACUGCCGGUGGAAGCGCACAGCCGGGGCCGUACGGGGCCUAUGUGAACGCGCCUCCCAUGCCCACGCAGAGCCAUCCCCCGGCCGAGAUUUUCCAGUCCGCUCCGGAGCGGAAUCCCGACAAGUACGGCACCAAUGCCAACAGCAACCAGAAGAAGUGCUCCCAGUUGGCCACGGACUUCUUCAAGGACAGCGUUAAGCGUGCUCGUGAGCGCAACCAGAGACAAAGUGAAUUGGAGCAGAAGCUUCAAGAUCCGGGCCAGAACCCCGCUCGCAAAGAGCAGCUCUGGUCCACGGCCGGCCGGAAAGAGGGCCAAUAUCUCCGCUUCCUCCGAACCAAGGACAAGCCCGAAAACUACACCACGGUCAAGAUCAUCGGCAAGGGUGCAUUCGGAGAGGUCAAGUUGGUUCAGAAGAAGGGCGAUGGCAAGGUCUACGCCAUGAAGUCGCUCAUCAAGACGGAAAUGUUUAGAAAGGAUCAGCUUGCUCACGUUCGGUCCGAGCGCGACAUCCUGGCCGAAUCCGACAGUCCCUGGGUCGUCAAGCUCUACACCACCUUCCAAGACUCGUAUUUCCUGUACAUGCUCAUGGAGUUCUUGCCUGGAGGCGACUUGAUGACAAUGCUCAUCAAGUACGAAAUCUUCUCCGAGGACAUUACGCGCUUUUACAUUGCCGAAAUUGUCUUGGCCAUCGAAGCCGUUCACAAGCUCGGCUUCAUUCACCGCGACAUCAAACCCGACAACAUCUUGCUCGACCGAGGUGGCCAUGUCAAAUUGACCGACUUUGGCCUGUCCACUGGCUUCCAUAGACUACACGACAAUAACUACUACCAGCAGCUUCUGCAGGGCAAGUCGAAUCGCCCUCGCGAUCGCAACUCCGUCGCCAUUGACCAAAUCAACUUGACCGUCAGCAAUCGAUCGCAAAUCAAUGACUGGCGGCGGUCACGCAGACUCAUGGCGUACUCGACUGUCGGUACUCCCGAUUAUAUCGCCCCCGAGAUCUUCACGGGCCACGGCUACUCGUUCGACUGCGAUUGGUGGUCUCUGGGCACCAUCAUGUUCGAGUGCCUUGUGGGCUGGCCGCCGUUCUGUGCCGAGGACAGCCACGACACAUACCGCAAGAUCGUGAACUGGAGGCAGACGCUGUAUUUCCCCGACGACAUCACGCUGGGUCUUGAGGCCGAGAACCUGAUUCGGAGCAUGGUUUGCAAUACCGAAAAUCGUCUUGGACGUGGUGGCGCGCACGAGAUCAAGCAUCACCCCUUCUUCCGUGGUGUCGACUUUGACAGUCUGCGCCGCAUUCGCGCGCCAUUUGAGCCGCGCUUGACGUCAAACAUCGACACAACGUACUUCCCCACAGACGAAAUCGACCAGACGGACAACGCGUCAGUGCUCAAGGCCCAGGCCAUGCAGAACAACCGCGGCCAGCCAGAAGAGUCGCCCGAGAUGAGCCUGCCGUUUAUCGGCUACACGUUCAAGCGGUUUGAUAACAACUUUCGGUAA